CCCGAAGACUGCACUUUCUGCCAAAGACUGUGUUGCCUGUGCCAUGGGAAGCAACACCAGCUGCUGCAAUGAGGAGAAAGCAGAUGUGCCACCGGUGGAGGUCACAGCAGUGACGCAUGAGAUGACAGAAAGUGAGGAAGAGCCGGCAACGGACAUUGCGCUUGAAGUACUGACCGUAAAACCUACCGCUGAGCAUGUAAGUUCUGCAAGUGCAGAGCGCUCAGAGCUGAAGUUCCCCAGUGAAGCAUCGCGCUUGCGACUGGAGAGCAUCGUUAACACAGACCACUUUGAGGUCGAUCAAGAGAUCAUUCGCGGCAUCUCGCUGAGCAAAUCCCUGCAGUGGGGAGGAAGGCUUUGGCGACGCUCUCCCCUUGACAUGACCGAGCAGGAGCGCCAGAAUCUCUGGAACCACUCCACCCCUGCUGAUCAUUUCGACGUCUUUCUUUCACACACCUGGCUGACUCCUGGGAGGCGGAAGGUGGUGUCGUUGCUCCUUCAGUCAGGAUGGAAGGUCGCCUUGCUUGGCUGGUUCUGCGGUGUGGGGCUUGCAGAGAUCUUGAUCUUCUCUGAAAUAUUGCCCUUGCCUUUCACGUUGGAAGUGGACAUGUUUGCCUUCAAGGGUACGGUGUCCUUUGCCUUUUGGCCAAUGCUCGGUGGCUUUUUGGGGGUUCUCAGCGGCUUGAUCUUGUCGCCCUACAUCCGGCCGCUGGUGCCACGGAAGCAAAUCUGCUUCCUCGAUGUGGUGAGCAUCCACCAGACCGACCAGGAACUCAUGGAGCGUGGCAUCUAUGGCCUAGGUGGGUUCCUCAGUGUGUCCAAGGAGCUGCGAGUGCUUUGGAGCUCACCCUACUUGUCUCGCCUUUGGUGCGUCUUCGAGCUGGCAGCAUAUCGUUCCGCAUGCCCCGAGGGAAAGAUCACGCUGAAACCCCUCUUCGUAGAGAUGGGGAUCUUAUAUUUGAUGUUCGGCAUCUACUUUGUUGCCUUUCUUUUCUGGAUUGGCAUCGCCUUGAGACUGGAGCAGGAAUUCUUAGUUCUUGAGAUGUUGGCGUUGACUCCAGUCUUGGUGAUGGUGCACCUCUUGAGAGAAAACAUCAAGGAGAAGUUCAAGCUCCUUUCAGAUCUUAAGGAUUUUGACUUAGAGCAAGCCUUUUGCCGCACGGAGUUUGACAGGAACUUCGUGCAUAGCUCGAUUGUCAAGUGGUAUGGCAGCAAGGAGGCCUUCAUGCGCUAUGUGCGCGGCCCUUUGCGAGAGGAGCUGCUAAUCCAGGGUGCCACCCACGUGCCCUUUGGGUACUACAUGAUUCUUUCCUCCUGCACCUUCGCAGCCAGUAUGAACACGGUCACAGCCCUGGUCAAGGCUGGUGCGCCGAUCCCCUGCAUCGUCAGCGAGCUGUUGGGAAGUUCCUUUGGCUUCUACGUGUUUUGGUUCCUCUUUGUUUUGAAGUUGACAAUGUUCCUUACCGAGCGCUUUGCUGUGCCACGAUGGCCUGGUAAGCUCAUGAACUAUGGGCAGUCCUUCAUGCUUUUCAUGCUCUUCUUUGUGCUCUACUCUAUGGGUUUCUAUGCUGCAGACAAUGCGUACAAGUGGAGCCUGGAAGCGUCCACAAUGUGGACCAUUUUCAGCUUCGCAUGCUUCCUCAUGUCCUUCAUCAUUCCAAGAUUUGUUUUUCACGUGAAGCGGGCCAUGGCUGGAGCUCUCUGACGGGAUGUGCAGUCUUGGUCGACUUGGUCGACUCGUCUCUGACCAUCUUUGACUUCCAGUCUCAGUCGAGUUUUGGGUCUCGCAGCUGAGCGCUCAGCUGAGCGUGACUCACAUCGUGACUUUGUCACGAGUUUCAUUUGGAGUAAAUCUCUCGGCUUCUUCCGUUCCAUCCCGGAGUGGAUGGACAAAGAUGGAUUGUGCCGAGACAUUCCGGGAAAUGGUGCCCGGGAAGUAGUAACAGGUGCCUUACUAGUAGUAACAAGAAGCUA